UGCCGGCCGGCGGGCGGAGACGGACCCGGGAUCUGUCCGAGCAGGAAGCGAGCUGGAGACCGGUCACCGUCGCCGCCCCGUCCCGGUGCCGGUCCGCGUCGUCGCCCUCUCUCCUCGCCCGCCACAUCCCCCCCCCCCCCCCCCCCCCCCCCCCCUCACCGGCGACAGGUAGCCCCGCCGCCACGCACCUGCCCUCGCGUUCGCACCGGAGAUAGUGGAUAGCUCCCUUCAGAAAUGGAGGACGGGAAGCCCGUUUGGGCGCCGCACCCUACGGAUGGAUUUCAGAUGGGCAAUAUCGUGGAUAUUGGCCCUGACAGCUUAACGAUUGAACCCUUGAACCAAAAAGGCAAGACAUUUCUGGCUCUCAUAAACCAAGUGUUCCCUGCAGAAGAGGACAGUAAAAAAGAUGUGGAAGAUAACUGUUCAUUAAUGUAUUUGAAUGAAGCCACACUGCUCCAUAAUAUCAAAGUUCGAUACAGUAAAGACAGAAUUUACACAUAUGUGGCCAACAUUCUGAUUGCAGUGAACCCAUACUUUGACAUACCUAAAAUAUAUUCUUCAGAAACAAUAAAGUCGUACCAAGGAAAGUCUCUUGGGACGAUGCCACCUCAUGUCUUCGCAAUUGCUGAUAAGGCUUUUCGAGACAUGAAGGUGCUCAAGAUGAGUCAGUCUGUCAUUGUAUCUGGAGAAUCAGGAGCUGGCAAAACGGAAAAUACAAAAUUUGUUCUAAGAUAUCUGACUGAAUCGUAUGGAACCGGUCAAGACAUUGAUGAUAGAAUUGUCGAAGCUAACCCACUCUUAGAAGCCUUUGGAAAUGCAAAGACUGUUCGCAACAAUAAUAGCAGUCGAUUUGGGAAAUUUGUAGAAAUACAUUUCAAUGAAAAGAGUUCAGUUGUUGGAGGAUUUGUUUCACAUUAUCUUCUAGAGAAAUCUAGGAUCUGUGUUCAAGGCAAAGAGGAAAGGAAUUAUCAUAUCUUUUAUAGGUUGUGUGCCGGUGCUUCUGAAGAUACUAGGGAAAGACUUCAUUUGAGCUCCCCAGAUAAUUUUCGGUAUUUAAACCGAGGCUGCACUAGAUACUUUGCUAACAAAGAAACUGACAAACACAUUUUACAGAACCGAAAAAGUCCUGAGUAUCUUAAGGGAGGUUCCUUGAAAGAUCCUUUGUUAGAUGACCAUGGAGAUUUUAUUAGAAUGUGCACAGCCAUGAAAAAGAUUGGUUUGGAUGAUGAAGAAAAGCUUGAUCUGUUCCGGGUAGUAGCUGGUGUCCUGCACCUUGGAAAUAUUGAUUUUGAGGAAGCCGGCAGCACUUCAGGUGGCUGUAACCUGAAGAAUAAAUCUACUCAGUCAUUGGAGUAUUGUGCUGAAUUACUGGGUUUGGAUCAAGAUGAUCUUCGUGUAAGUUUGACUACAAGAGUCAUGCUAACAACAGCAGGGGGCACCAAAGGAACAGUGAUAAAGGUACCCCUGAAAGUGGAGCAAGCAAACAAUGCCCGGGAUGCCUUGGCAAAGACUGUCUAUAGCCAUCUUUUCGAUCACGUGGUCAACAGAGUGAAUCAGUGUUUUCCUUUUGAAACAUCAUCCUAUUUUAUUGGAGUCCUAGAUAUUGCUGGAUUUGAGUACUUUGAACGUAACAGUUUUGAACAAUUUUGCAUCAACUAUUGCAAUGAAAAACUUCAACAGUUUUUUAAUGAAAGGAUUCUGAAGGAGGAACAAGAACUCUAUCAGAAGGAAGGUUUAGGUGUGAAUGAAGUACAUUACGUGGAUAACCAGGACUGUAUAGAUUUAAUUGAAGCAAAAUUAGCGGGAAUACUGGAUAUUUUGGAUGAGGAAAAUCGCCUUCCCCAGCCAAGUGAUCAACACUUUACGUCUGAAGUUCACCAGAAGCACAAAGACCAUUUCCGACUCUGUAUUCCUAGAAAGUCUAAGCUGGCAGUUCACAGGAACAUCAGAGAUGACGAAGGCUUCAUCAUCAGGCAUUUCGCAGGGGCGGUGUGCUAUGAAACAACUCAAUUUGUGGAAAAGAAUAAUGAUGCUUUACAUAUGUCUCUUGAGUCCUUAAUAUGUGAAUCCAGGGAUAAAUUUAUCCGGGAAUUAUUUGAAUCAUCCACAAAUAACAACAAAGACACUAAACAAAAAGCAGGAAAACUUAGCUUCAUCAGUGUGGGAAACAAGUUUAAGACACAGUUAAAUUUGCUUCUGGAUAAACUUCGAAGUACUGGAGCAAGCUUUAUUCGUUGUAUCAAGCCGAAUUUAAAGAUGACAAGCCACGACUUCGAAGGAGCUCAAAUUUUGUCUCAACUUCAAUGUUCAGGUAUGGUGUCUGUUUUGGACUUGAUGCAGGGUGGUUUCCCAUCGCGAGCUUCAUUUCACGAACUCUACAACAUGUAUAAAAAGUAUAUGCCAGAUAAACUCGCAAGAUUAGAUCCAAGACUAUUUUGUAAGGCUCUUUUUAAAGCUUUGGGCUUAAAUGAAAUCGACUACAAGUUUGGGUUAACAAAAGUAUUUUUUAGACCUGGCAAGUUUGCAGAAUUUGACCAGAUUAUGAAGUCCGACCCUGACCACUUAGCAGAGCUGGUCAAGAGGGUCAAUCACUGGCUCAUCUGCAGUCGCUGGAAGAAGGUUCAGUGGUGCUCACUGUCUGUCAUCAAACUGAAAAACAAAAUAAAAUAUCGAGCUGAAGCCUGCAUUAAAAUGCAGAAAACUGUUCGAAUGUGGCUUUGCAAAAGACGACACAAACCUCGCAUUGAUGGCCUGGUUAAGGUGGGCACACUGAAGAAACGGCUUGAUAAAUUUAACGAAGUAGUAAGUGCAUUGAAAGAUGGAAAACCAGAGAUGAAUAAACAGGUCGAGGACCUUGAAAUUUCUAUUGAUGCUUUAAUGGCCAAAAUUAAGUCCACCAUGAUGACAAGGGAACAAAUACAGAACGAAUAUGAUGCGCUAGUUAAAAGCUCAGAGGUCCUCCUCAGUGCGUUACAGAAAAAAAAGCAGCAGGAAGAGGAAGCAGAAAGGCUGAGGCGUAUCCAAGAAGAAAUGGAAAAAGAAAGGAAAAGACGUGAAGAAGAUGAACAACGUCGAAGAACGGAGGAGGAGGAAAGGCGGAUGAAACUUGACAUGGAAGCAAAGAGAAAGCAAGAAGAAGAAGAGAGAAAGAAAAGGGAAGAUGAUGAAAAACGUAUUCAGGCGGAGGUGGAGGAGCAGCUGGCCCGGCAGCGAGAGGAGGAGUCCCAGCAGCAGGCGGUCCUGGAGCAGGAGCGCCGAGACCGGGAGCUGGCGCUGCGGAUCGCGCAGAGCGAGGCGGAGCUCAUCAGCGACGAGGCGCAGGUGGACCCGGCGCUGCGCAGAGGCCCUGCUGUACAGGCCACCAAGGCGGCUGCUGGUACCAAGAAACAUGAUCUUAGUAAAUGGAAAUACGCAGAACUACGUGAUACCAUCAAUACUUCUUGUGAUAUUGAGCUCCUGGCAGCUUGCAGAGAAGAAUUUCAUAGGAGACUAAAAGUGUAUCAUGCUUGGAAAUCCAAGAACAAGAAGAGAAAUACUGAAACAGAGCAACGUGCUCCAAAGUCUGUUACUGAUUAUGAUUUUGCACCAUUUUUGAACAAUUCACCUCAGCAGAACCCGGCAGCUCAGCUCCCUGCCAGGCAGCAGGGGAUCGAGAUGAACCGACAACAGCGCUUCUUCCGCAUCCCGUUCAUCCGCCCCGCGGACCAGUACAAAGACCCGCAGAAUAAGAAGAAAGGCUGGUGGUACGCGCACUUUGAUGGACCGUGGAUUGCCCGGCAGAUGGAACUUCAUCCUGACAAGCCACCCAUCCUCCUGGUGGCUGGUAAGGAUGACAUGGAGAUGUGUGAGCUGAAUCUUGAAGAGACAGGCCUGACUCGAAAGCGUGGUGCUGAGAUUUUGCCAAGACAGUUCGAAGAAAUUUGGGAACGCUGUGGAGGCAUCCAGUAUCUUCAGAAAGCAAUUGAGAGCAGACAGGCCAGGCCCACCUAUGCCACGGCCAUGCUGCAGAAUCUGUUAAAGUAGAAAUUGCACUAGCCUUGCAGCUGGGAGCCCUUGCCAUGGCACUAGGUAGGGAGUGUGUCCCAGAGAUUUAACCAUUCCAAGAUCAAGUUAGAAUUACUUAUACAAAGUGAACAGAUUUUAUUAAUCAUGGCUUUUUGUUCAUUUAAGGUUAAUUAUGGUAGUGAAUUUGGGACCUAAAAUUUACUUUCCUGUAUCCAGCUGUAACUGUUAGACCUCUCAUUAUUGUAAUACUUGUUACACUUGGACAGACUCUGGACAUUUCUCCUUCUUUGCCAACAGACUACCUUAAAUCCAUCUUAAUUGUUCUUUAGGAAGAGUUUUUAAAAAAUGCAGAAUUCUUGCUUUUUAAGGAUGGCACAGUACCAUAUAACUGGAAUAAAGAAAACUUAGCUUCAAUUUUCAUACAAAAAUCAAGGCACUUAAAAUGAUCAAGGCACUGAUAUUUUGAUCUGAAAGCUGUGUACUUUCUAUACUAACUUUUUCAGAAAUUCAUGGAAAUUUCCGUCAAAGGUGGAAAUUUUUAUUUUCUCCCCCCUCUUUUGCAGUGUCUUAGUUUGAGUAAAGCAAUUUACCUGAAGUUCUAGAAUUCUGGAGAGAGCCUUGAUGUAUUUGAUGCAAUCUGUGAUAAAGAAGGUACAUAGUGUCCUGCACAGAUCAGUUUUGCUUUUCUAUCACAUUGUGUUGCUGUAAGAAUAUGUUCUUACAUUCCAUGGACAAAUAAAGGAAAUUCAGAUCGUUUAAAUGCUUGGAAGUUUUGAGAUAACUUUGUUUCAUUUAGAAAAGGAAGUAGGUUUCAGGUGGCAGUUUGGCUUAACUGGACUGAAUUCAAAUAUUCUUUCAGUUUCAUCUCAGUUGUGAUUUUGUGUCAGAAUCUUGUCCAAGUUGUUUCAUGUGAUUUAAACUAGUGUUCUGCUUCAAAACACCUUUGUUUUUUAAAGAAAUUCCUAUUGUCUUUUUUGGCCUUCGAGAUUUUGGUAAUUGUAGAGCUCUUUUAUAAGCCUUGUAAUGCAAAAACCCUGCACUGAGGAAUUGCUUGUUUCAUGUAACUGAUAAUUAAAAAAAAAAGUUUUGUGUGCUGUUUAGUUUUGAUCAAAUGUCAGCAGUUUCAAGCCUAAUAUUUAUGACUUUCAUAUUAGGAAUUUGGAAACAAACAUACAUCAAGGAGUUAUGUUGACAUAAUCCUAAGGAGUCUUGUUUGUAUUUUAGAAUAAAAUUAGAAAAUAAAAUUACUCUCUGUACUUUUUUUCCCUUGAUGUUUAAAGACCCUAACCUUUGAAAUGAAUUUCCAGUGAUUUUUUUUUUUUUCCCUAGAAAGAGUACCUCAGUUAGGAAAGUAUUUCCCAGCUGAUUGGAUUAGUGCUUGUGAGCUGGACACUGUUUUCAGAAUUGCUUCUCUCAUUAUAUGUUUUAGUAUAGAGAUAUUUAUUUAUUAUGAUACUGUGCAAACGAUCGUCUUCUGUUAAGGAAAGUAAAUGGUCCUGUCUUUACUGUUGAGAAUGUGAAUGUGAUUAUCUUUUUAAGGCUGUAUUACUGCAUAGACUCACCCACCCUUGGGUCAUUUGGUCCCUGUGAUUUGGUGACAGAAGGUCUGGUUACUGAAAAUAAAUGUCCUGUUCUCCCUCUUCUUAUCACUCGCCUUUAACUGGUGUUUUUAUUUGUACAGGAUAGUGAAUGAUAAGCUUUUUUCUUAACUGGUAACAAGUAGAGUCCUGGAAGAAAAUUUAGUAACCAAAUAGAUUUUUAACGACUUGUGCCCUUAGCGCUGUUUCCAGAAACAGUUUUACGUGUGUCCUAGAUACAUGCAGGUACUUGAUGGAAAACUAAUCACACAGGUUAAAUUAUCAUAAUGAGAGAACUUAAAGUUUUGAAGAAUUUGUCAGAAAUAUAUCACUGCAAGGCAUUGUUACAGGUCUUUAAUUUUUUACUUUAAUAGCUGAUAAAAUUAUAGUCAUUCUUAAGCCAUUUGGUUGCUAAUUAUGUCACACAGCUGUCCUAGAACAUGUCCUAGAGCAUAUCUGUUUUAAGUAGUCUCCUGAGUUAAUUGUGGCUCCAGGAGACUUGCCCUAAUUCAGUUAGACUUACAGUCACCUACAUACCACAGCUCUGCACACACAGAAGCCCCUUUGCUGGAGAAGCUUAGGACCUCCAUCAUCCUUUAAGGGAAAUAGCGGAGAGAGUGUUGCGAAACAUGUAAAUGCCCCUUCUUUACAGUGUUCACAAUCAAACCCAGAAACACUAGGUUGAAAACGGUAUGAAUCAAACGUCCAUUUAUAUUUUAACUGAGAUGUAAAAUUAGAAGUUAAAACGAGCACACUGUACAUUAAGAACUAAUUCUUCUCAAUGCUUGUGUCACUCAAUACCAGUUCCUCCCUUAGUGUAUAUGCUUUACAAAGGUAGAUGUACAUAAAAUAUUAAUACUGAGAAAACAAAACGUGUUCACAUUCAAUGAUGGUGUAAUUCCUGAUCUCAUUAACACGCUUGAGGUACGUAUUGUGAGCUACGGGUAGGCACUGAGAGAAAAUUUCUCUAACACAUACGUAUGUUAAGAGAACAGUGGGUUUUCUUAUUUGUAAGGUUGAGUAGACGGCACCUUCUUAAAGGAUUAUGUGAGGAGGAAGUAAAUAGUACACUUAGGAGCACAAGCCCACACAAAAGACGUUCUACUGUAACUCACAUUCUGCUUCCUAUAGUGACUUUCUGUAGGUCAUUCUUUCCAGUAACAUGGUGAACCCUUUUGUUUUGCAAACAACAAAACAAAAGAUCAUAUCAGAUCACAAAAGAAAAGAUCAUCUUAAGUGGAACACAGGUGGUAUUUGUGGAAACUUAGAGAGUAGAAACUCACAGGCACAAGGAAUAAUGAGGAUUUUGUAGUUUUAUUAAUUGGAUUUUUAAAAAGAUUAUUUUCACUCACAGGUUAUUACAGUGGUUCUCAGGGGAUCCAAACAGGUAGAUCUUUGGUUUCUUCACCUAAACUACCUUAAGAGUACCUGAAUCAGUAGAAUAAAUAUUGUUGAAUGAAUCAGUGAAUUAACUACAGUGUUAGUGGUAGACCUAACUCCUUUUACAGAAGAGGUAAACAGAGAUCCAGAGAGCUCAGGUAAUGUAAUUCUAGGCCAUGAAAGAGAUAGAAAUGCCUUUGCUCCACUCAUGUGCAGCACAAAGAAUCAAAACAAGCAGACUUCUUUGAGUAGCCCCUGGGGGUUUAUGAAGGGUUGCUCUCCUGUCACUCUCCACCUUCAGAUGUCAUGGCCUUUGUCUGUUUAGCAUUGCCAGCAGUAACAAUUACUGAGCAUUUUUAUUUCUUCCAGAAUAUAAACUAAUAAGGGAGGGGAGGACAGAGAAUAUCUAAAAAUUAGAAUAAGGACAGGUAAGGGGGAAGGUUGUAACAAUAAGGAAAGAGAAGAGUGAAUGGAAGAGAAAGAAAAGGGGUGCACCCCUGAAGACGCUACACCCCAGGCUGAAAACAGUGCGGCGUUUUAGGUGACCAAGCGCUCCUAGAUCUUUGCUAAGUUGUAGAAUGAAUUGUAUGUAACGUAAGAGCAAAACCCAUGGACCUACUAAACUUGGACCAAGAUAUGCCCGGUGUAUCGAUUCUUAGCAUACAGAAAUGACACUGCCACGCUGGAGAAGGCCAGUAGACAUUCUGUGCGUAGGCCCUGUGGAGCGAUGAAGUGGUGAUACUUGAUGAGGUCGAGCCUACCCGUGCCGGGACCAGAUCUUUGAGUACAGUGAAGUUCAGGUCAAAUCAAUGUAUUCUUCCUUCCCCACGACUAACCUAAUAUGUGAAGUAAGUUUGGUUGUCAUAUACUUUUCAAAAAGUUUUUCAAGAGAUAAUCAGGGAAAAAUGCACACCGAAAAGAAAAUCUUUAAUCCUAAUUUGUACCUGUGCAGACUCUUACCUUCAAACCCCAAAUAGGUUUAUGAGUUGGCCAUUUUCUUUUCACUUUCGAAAAUUCAUCGAAUUGCAUCUGUUACUGAAUUUUUCCUCAUUCCCUAAAAAUGUGUAUCUGAUACUUUCCUAAAAUACUGAUGUACUGGAAAUACAAAUAAUAAAUGCUUCUAUGUA